AGGAGGUACUUUGAGCUUCCGUUCGACAAGCCUCCUUUCUUGCGCUGCAAACCGCAGCGUGACACACGAUAAAACCUGCUCUUUUUAAAUCACUCGUGAAUCCCGCUCAUGUCGCGAAUCGACUACUCUAAAUGGGAUAAGUUGGACUGCAGCAGUAGCGGCAGCAACUCCGAUGACGAUGACAACGGGGACGAGGGGCACGAUCCCAACCAUCGCUCCUGCGGCACUCGCGGUGCACCACGCGUUACCCGGCUCGAGUACCCAUCCGGCGUCACGUUAGGACCUUCACAGGUGCAGCUCACAAAGGCACCACCUAAAGCGUCUGUUAGCCCCUUCAACCCGUCUGCACCGCCAGCUCAACAAAACACGUCUGAAGGAAGCAAAACAGACGCGUCGCAGACAGAGGCGUCUGGCAGGUCACCGCUGCUGAAUGGGCAACCACCUCAUGCACCCCUCCCUGCAGCUUCCAUCGACGCCACAGACGACGAUGAAGAUUUGCUCUACGAGUGUUUGGCGCGCAACGGCGGUCGCGAGGGCACCCAGCAUUGGUGGUCGCAGACGGAGGACAGCGCCGUUGUCAGCUUCCUUAUCCCGUGGGAGACGACGGCGAAAAUGGUGACCGACUUUAAUCUGCGCGAGGUGAAGGACGAGGCAUCCGGUCAAUAUCGCGCGCAGCUCGACGUGACGAUACAAACGGCGGCUUCUCACUCCGGCACCGCAGUGCAGAGCAACGAAGAAGACCCCGUCGCUACCUCGGCUGCGAUGCACCUCUCGAGGCAAUUUCGCUACCCCGUCAAACUGGCAGAGGAACUCGUGGAAGGUUGCUGGCAGCUGCAUCGCAUGCCGCAUCGCCAUGUGCGUCUGCUUGUCAUCGAGGUCUUCAAGGAACCGAUUGGGCACGGCAUGACGCUCUGGUGGGAUCGCUGCUUCGUGUCUGACACCGCAUCGGUGGUCGACACACAAACGAUACCAGAUCGCGUGCAACGCAUCGCCGCCGCCGGACCAGACGCGCAGGAGAAGGCGAAGCAGUUCCGUAAGGUGUGGGAUGAAGCGCAUGACGAAUUUCGUCGCCGCGUGAAGGCACGUAAGGCACGGCAAAGCUGA